UCACUGAUUAGCUGCAUCGAGGAACAUCUGCCUCAUCGCGUCGACACUUGGACGACUCGGUUGAAGACUUCGGCGCUGCAUGGAGAAGCGCUCACGUCCAGCCAGCUGUCUGCCCGUCGCUACCGAUGCCGACCGCAGCUUCACCAUGGCACGCUUCUUGAUCGAAUCCGACAACAUAGUCAAAGCUUCGGAGGUGGUUGAUAUGAUCUCCUCUAGCUUCAUGGUAUUCGCACACAGAAACGACUGUAGGGAACUUUCCACUGAACGAAGUUCUCGCAAAUCGGAUGCCAGAUUCAAGCAGCUUGACUCCGCCACCUCUAGAAAUGGUUGAUAUGCCUCCAGCAGCGACACAUCGCCACCUCCUCUCGAACUCAGUUGAAGCUUCAAUCGCUUCACUGAAGCUGUUAACUCCUUUGAUGCAGACUCGAUAUCGUCUAGUGUAAUCGAUCUUGCCAACUGCAAACGAGAAAUCACGUCCUCCAAAGCCACAGUGUCAAACUCAACAAACUGAGCAAGAAGAUCAACAAGCCUUAUGUUCGAGGUACUGACCUGCUUCCCUUUGGCACUCAGAACAGAAGGCAACGAAGACAAGGAAAAGCCAACAGCUCUCGACAGCGCUGUACCUUGAUUUAUAUAGUUACCAUACUGAAGGCAUUUGUGCAUGAGGUGGACGAGCACCCUUGAUCGAAGAGCUUCACUCGCAUCACGUAUUCUCUGCGUUGAUUGUGAGUGGCGCGUAAGGUCCUGAAGAAUUUGCUCCCGAGCUAUUGCCAAUUCAGCUCUUAUUCUCAGAGUGGCUCUACGUGCCGCUUCCCAACAUAAUAUGUCACAGUUGCGUUUAACGUCUUCACGAGCAGCUCUUUUGAACAGGAGCAUCUCCUCAUCAGUUGGGAAGUACUUGAGCAGUGAAGACAGUAAAUCGAUCGAUAUCCCUUCCAUGUUAUUCGACUCCAAUCGCUCAAUAAGAUCCAUAACGGUGAGAGGGCGAAGCUUGGCAAGGAUUAUCUCAAGGUUGAGCGCCUUCUGCUGUGACAGCUGGAAUAUGGACUCAUCUGUGGGUCUUUCACGAACACUACGUCUUUCGGUCGCAAAACGUGAUAGCGCUGAAGGUUCCGCUCUUUCAAAUAGCAGUUGCACAUGAUCUCGUUCUUCAGCGCCGAACUCUGGUCUUGAGUAUUCAUUCCACACCGUGUGGACAUUUGUUAUGGAAUGCUGGCUGACGGCUUGCCAAAGUAAUGUGUAUGUUUUCUUCUUUUUCGGAUAGAUCUCAUCAGUUCUAGCGGUGCAAGAAGGGGACAACGCCGAGUUCGAUAAUGUUGAAGCUCGCGCUAGUAUUCCAGGCGGAGGUGGUGGUGGUGGCGGAGGAGGAGGCGGACCAGGUGCGGCACCACCCGUUUGCACUUUCAGAAGCCCAAGUGGAGGUGGUGGAGGAGCUGGAGGAGGUGGUGGGGGUGGAGCUGAAGACACUGGAAUAGAUGGACCGGGUAGUGCACCGGAAGGGUUUCUUGUCGUUGUCGUUGGCGAAACAGUCGACGUAGAAUCCUGCCGAACGUCUUCUUUGUGAGAUAGGGAAUCAGAGACUGGAGUAUUACCUCCCCUGUCCAUGGAGUCGCUUGCGUCGCAUCUGAUGGUGAGGAAGCCAGUGAAAUGGCAGGAUCGGAAUGUACGCGAACAACCGGUAACAUUUUCUGACGUUGAGGGCUUGUCACUCGACAUAGAACCAACUUCAUCAAGGAGGCCUGACGUCGACGGCUGCUCUUGUGACACAAGGGGAUCAGGAGGAGGCAACGGAACAGAUGAAGCCUCAGAUUCAUGAGCAGUGGAUGGAGACAUAGUUGUGGAAGACCCAGUUGAUUGACAAGCAUUGAUUGAAGGAGCGAUAGUUACAAACGACAUAGAGUAAGAUUGGCCUUUUGAUGAUCGGGAAGUAGCGGGACAUGGAGUAACGGAUGCAGGAGUUUCACUCGUCGUGGUUGCUUGUUCAUGAGCGCCUGGCGUAGGCUGCUCUCCUUGUAGAACAUCAAGUGAAGCUUCUGAAUUGUUAUUAGAGCGUUCAUUCGGUGGAAUCAAGGCGAGACGAGUAGCAUGAUGACGUGAGACAGACCGCGGUCUCCUUUUCACUUUCGGCAUGGGUGCAUUUGUCCUGAGAGUGGGAACAUUGAAAUCCGUGAGAUUUACGUUGCUUUUUGAUGGAGGGGCAUUUGGCUUCUCUUCGUGAUCAGGAUCUGAUGGUGCAGGACUUGUUGAAGCUGAUUCUGAGCGGUUUUCAUUGUUUCCAAAAGGUGAAGUACAGCCAGCUGAACGCACGUUCAAGGAGUCGGCUAGGGAUAGCGCUCCCGAUUUGGCUUUCGGAACAUUUCUUGUCGCAGAUGACGCCUCACUUUGGUCUUCUAGAAUAUCAGACCCCAUGGUCUUCGAAAAGUGCUCCAUCAGAAUGUCCCACAUGGCUUCAGACAUGCCAUGACGGCAUUUCACCAGAAUUCGCAGUAAGUUGUGCUUCCUUAACAGCUCAUCGAGAUCUUUAGAACCAUCAAACCAUUCGAAGAGCAAGUCAACUGCACAACGUGGAUCUCGUGAACCUCUAGGAGGCUCUUGUAUGAGCAUGUCCCUGGACUCGGAUUGUACUAAUCUGUGUAAUUCACGAUUUAACAUCGGAUGCAUCGUAUUUGAAGCGAAAGUAACGCCUUUGAGAACGCCAAGUGACAUUAAAUCAUUCCUUAAACUGCACCGCGAUAGAUAGUUUAAAUUGCUCUCAAUAGCAUUAUUUAUUAUUUCCAGAUCAUGAGCUCGUUGAUCUUCAGUGGUAGUUUCGGCGGCGAACGAGGACACGACAUCACGAAGUCUUUGUAGGCCUUUUGACUCGACGUUCACAUCAGGAGCAAUUUUGACAGGAUUCCGGAGACUCCGCCUCCGCCGCUCCUCUGCUUUCAAAGCUCUCGCUGUAUGAGCCUUAUGCUUCACUGAGUGGACUUUAGGAAUAUUUCUGGGGCCAGAACUAUUAGAAGUUAUACAAUCAAUCCCUUCAUAAGCAGUCUUCCAGUCCGUAUCAUUGCUGGCGGUGCUGUUGAAGCUCUAGAAGACAAAAAACAAAAGUCUAUCAACUUGGAAAGGCUCAGAAAGGGCCAUCUAGAUCUUUCACUCUUCAGACAACGUCUUCAAUGUGGAACGGAAGUGAAAUUAUGGGGGAAGACAUUACAAAGAGAAAAAUCAAUUCAAUUAGCCAACCUUGGUAUUCUCUUCUAUACCGUCGCCAUCCUUCCGUGGUUCUUCACAAGGAACUUUCGCGGUGCCUGCCGCAUUUCCUUUCACAACGCAUACUGACGAAGAGACCAACGACGAAUCAUCGUUUCCGCUUGAAUGGGAAAUCGAUUGGCUUUGAUUUUUUCUGGUUGCUACGCUGCACUCCUCUGCAAUAGUCGAACAAGCUGGCGACACCGCUACCGAGAUGAUUUCCUUCCUUGUCCUUCUCCUCUUGUGUUUCAGCCCCAUAGCAAACGGUUGGUGAGGUAA